CGCAGUCCCACCAGAGAGGUUCGCGUACAGCAGUCUCCAGUGUCCUUACAGCCUGGGAGGUGUUCAUAGGAGCAGCUCCCCACAGUGCUCCAGGAUGGGGAGAGAAGCCCCCUCCUUUCUCUCCAGGGAAGAGUUAAGGACAGCAGCAGCCAGAAGAGGAGGUGUACCAUCAGCCUAAGUUUAGUGCUUUGGAGUCAUGGAAAAACUUGCAUUACAGUAUCAAGUCCCCAGAGAAGCAGUCUGGCACAACGCUGCUGCUCCUGCCGCCUUGCACAGGAGCAGAUGCUCUCCUUUGAGAUGCUCAUCCCAUUGCCUUCAAUGAGACCAGUCUGUGCAGCCUGGGCAAAUGUUUGGGUCAUUGAUUGCUGAGGGCUUUAUUGACUGUGGUUUACACUAUCCUUGUGGAGAGGGCGUGAAACGCUUGGUUGUGGAGAGGCAGAUGAUACUUUGCUUUGUUUUCCUUUCUCAGCUGGUUGCAUCGAUCGUCUUCAUCAGCUUUGGCGUCAUCGCUGCGUUCUGCUGUGCCAUAGUAGACGGUGUCUUUGCUGCCAGACACAUAGAUCUGAGGCCACUGUAUGCAGGGCGAUGUCAGUACUACUCCAAGAGUACGACCCCACCAGAGGCAAUCUGUCACCCACAGCGCCGUGCACCCUGCACACCGAAAAUAAAAACCAACACCUGCUUCUGCUGUGACCUGUACAACUGUGGAAACAGAGUAGAGAUUUCUGGAGGCUACUAUGAGUACAUUGAUGUCAGCAGCUGCCAGGACAUCAUCCACCUUUACCACUUGCUUUGGUCGGCCACGAUUCUGAACAUAGUGGGGCUAUUCCUAGGGAUCAUUACAGCAGCAAUACUUGGAGGCUUUAAAGACAUGACUCCUUCCCUCCCUACUCUGAACUGUACGGUUGAAAACACACACCCUUCGGUGUCCUACUACUCAAGGCCACAAGUGACAUCUUACAACACCUACUACCACAGCACUCCUCACCUGCCUCCCUACUCUGCAUAUGACUUUCAGCAUUCCAGUGUGUUUCCAGCCUCCACUCCUUCUGGCCUCUCCGAUGACCCCCAGUCAAUGUCGCCAUCUCCCAGCUAUAUGUGGUCCUCUAAUGCUCCGCCUCGUUACUCACCACCGUAUUUUCCACCUUUUGAAAAGCCACCACCUUAUACACCAUAAAGAAUGUGGGAAAGAAGAAAAAAAUAUUUGCCAUUGAAAUAGUUGUGAACAUUUUGUAUUUAUAUUUUACUGUGGGAGGAAGCGGGAGGAUAGAUACAGAAGUUAAUUGCAAAUACAAAUAUUAGACUGGACUGUUCUUUCUUGCGAGGCUUAUUUCAGGGGUUUAACGACAGAGAAUGAGUAAGGGACAUACUGCUGAUGUUUUGCAGUGUCGGUGAGUAGCAGGUGGUCUAAAUUCCAGACUCUUUGUGUUACCAUGAGGUUCAUGUAGUCCUUGGUUUUUAAUAAAGUGAUACAACACAGAUGAUAGAUUCUGGUCUGCCUUACUCCAUCUUGUGCCAAGCUGAAGUAAGGGUAGCCAAGAUCGAUAGUUGCUGGAGGGUAUCAGUCUGUUUAAGGUGAGGGUGCUUGCAGACAGCUCGACUUGAUGCUUGUUUUGUUUGCCCUUGGGGCUCCAGUUUCUGUGACUUUUUGAGGCCACGGAACCUAGCUCACAUCACUUGGUUACAGCCUAUGCACUGGAAAAAUCUUGGGGGGAACUGUGACACUGUCUCAAACUUUAACACUAAUGAAAAGAGAUAAUGUUGUAGGGUAUUUUCAUGUAUGUCUAGCAAAGCAAUUGGAAUAUUGCUUUUUGGAGGGGAAAAGCUUUAACAGGCAAGCUGUUUUUAUUUCAGGAUGCUUCAUAAGACAGAAGGUGAAAUGGAGUUGUCUCUCUGAAUUCUGUAUGUGUAAUGCCGAAGUCAAACAUUUUGAGUGGUUGCACUGCCUAAAUCUUCCUUGUAUUCCUAUAAAGAGCAUCAGGAACUGUCCACAAGUCACUGAAACAGUGCAGUGAAAACUUUUUUUUUUCCCUUCUGUUUGGUUGGGAAAUUUUUUUUUUUUUAAGCUUGUACUUUUAACUUUUUUAAUGGACUGAAUCAGCACCCUGAAUAAGCACUGUUUUAGUAGCUGUAUUAUGGGCUGCACAUAAGGAAUAUCCACUACUAGUUCUCCAAGAUGUAAGUCUCACAUGGAUAAAAUUCAACACCUUGUAAUAUAGGAUGAAACUGAUAGGAAUUUGCAAUUAUUGCUGUGACGUUCAUUUAAUCUUCAGCUGAUGACUGUGCUGAUUGAUCUAGAUUCCAACAGAUUUUGCAUGCAUCCUGCAUAACAAAAGAAGGUCAGCUUUGUUAUGUGACACACUGUCCUGUAAAGUGUGGUUCUACUCCGGGAAGUGAUUUCAGAUGACAGCGUUCAGAUCUGAGCUGCUCAACCUGAGCAUUCUCAACUGCUUACUUCAGGGAUAAAAAUAAGGUAUUGACAUUUUACUCCUUAUUUCCUAAAGAUUUAAUUUCCUUGGCAUCAGAUUGUUGACCCUAAUCCUCAAUUGUCUGCUUUUACUUUCAACUGAUGCAGACAAAAAGGUACCUAAAAGCUAAAGCUGGCUUUCAGAAUCUAAAAGUGUAAUACAUGCUAGGGAGAAAAAAAAAAAUAUAUCCAGUUGGAUUAUAAACUGUGGCGUCUCUACUUUUAAUCUAAAAAAAAAAAAA